AUGGCAACUUCAACAUCGAACAAACCACGUUGUGCAACAUGCGCAAAAGUUACCGGUACGUUUAUUUGUUAUGGAUGUUCGCAAAAUUUUUGCUUAGUCCAUGUUAAUGAACAUCGUCAAUCGCUCAUCAAGCAAUUGGAUGAAGAGGUUGUUAUCGUUCAUGAUCAAUUAAAACAAAAUUUUAAUGAGAACACAACAAAACCUCGCCAACAUCCUCUAAUGAAAGAAAUCGACGAAUGGGAACAACGAUCGAUUGAAAAAAUUCAGCAGACUGCUAACAAUGCCCGAAAACAAUUGCUGAAUGCUAUACAAAAACACAUGGAUAAUAUAAAGGAUUCAUUGACACUUUUAACGCAACAGCUGAGUAAAUUACGUGAUGAUGAUGCAUUUUUUGAAAUUGAUAUCAAAGAAUGGAAAGAGAAACUGAUCAAAUUCAAGAAGGAAAUGGACACACCAGAGACGAUCAAAAUUCGUAAUGAUAAUAUCAGUCCAUUUAUAUCCAAGAUUUUGAUUGAUGAAACAUCAUCAGCUACUGAUAUUUUUGAAAGAUCAGAUGGAAAAGCUCGAAUUGAGGAUAAUGGCCGUUCCAUCAUUCAUAUUUACUCGGCAAACCACGCACCAGUUCGCUGUAAAAGUGAAUAUACUUCCGGACAACAUCGAUUUCGUUUCCGAAUAGAAGAACUUGGCAGGAACAAAUGGAUUCUCUUCGCAAUAGUAUCCAAGGACGCUGUCAUUAUGCAUAACUCAUAUAGUACUCCCACUACUUAUGGUUGGGCAGGACUUAAUCAAGUCUUUCUCAAUGGUGUUUGUAAAAAUGGUUUCAAUGGUUAUAAAAGCGACAUGGAAAAGAAUGACACAAUUGAAUUCUAUGUCGAUUGUGAUCAACGAAAAAUUCGUUUGAAAAAUGAACGAACUAACAGUACAUACGAACUUGAUGUCGAUGUGGCUCAAUCUCCUUUUCCAUGGCAAUUAAGUCUCAAUCUUGCCGAUCCCGGAGAUCGAGUUUGUUUAGUGUCAUAA